AUGGCUUUGUCUAUAACAGUAGAGUUUAGUGGUGGGGCAGAGCUCUUAUGUGGGAAUGUAAAGAAACACAGUUUGAACCUGCCAAAGCAAGAACAUAAAUGGAAGAUUCGUGAUCUGCUUGUAUGGAUUCGGGAUAAUAUGAUCCAAGAACGCCCAGAACUCUUUAUGCAGGGUGAUACUGUGCGGCCAGGAAUUCUUGUACUGAUAAAUGAAGCAGAUUGGGAACUGAUGGGUGAGCUGGAAUAUGAACUUGAAGAAAAUGACAGAAUUGUGUUUAUUUCCACUCUUCAUGGCGGCUAG